CUGCGCAAUAGCGUACCAUUGCCGAAUUUGUACUGGAUCGGAUGAUCGGAGGGCAUGCAGGCUAUAAAACAGUUGAUAUCCAAUCAUGCAACUUAUUGAGGAUAUAAAUAGCAGUUGCACAUUGAUCGGGAAACGGCACAACCGCUGAUCAUGACAACCGAAGCACAUUCGGAUGACGGACACAAUGUAUCCCGCGGUUACCGAUUUCUUGCUGUCGAUGCCUCCACUGACUUAAAUGGUGGCGCUGUCAGAUCCGACCUUUCGUGAAUUACACUGCAUACAAAAGAAGACCCAAACUUAAUCCUCCAGUCUGAUGAUAUGAGAAGCACUAGAUGAUGAUGGAGAUGCUCUGGUACAUAAACUGGCUGUGCCUGAUGGGUCUUUUCCUGGCCUCCCUACUCAUCGUGUUGGCCUGGCUUGUCCAGUACUCCCUGGAUGUACUACACCCGACGAGCCCCAAGUCACUCACCCAGGGCUGGGGUGCCACAUCCAGGCUACUCCCACCUAUCACCCUCUCCCACCGGACUCAGGCUGGGGGUGUGUGGGGCACCCUGCUCAAGCUCUGGCUCGGACGGGAUCGAGGAGGAGCAGCGUCCGAGGCCGGGGUGAAGGGUCUGCUCACAUCACUGUUCUCCUUCAAGUCUUUCCGGGAACAUUGGCAGAGGGCUUGGGUCAAAGUUCUCAAUGAACAAGCCUGCAGACAUGGGAGCUCCAUCCAGAUCACCUUUGACAACAGUCUCCAGCUCCCUGCCUCUGCUAUUGUAGAUAGUGUGACCUGCACAGACCAAUCACCUACCACUAUGGUCUUACAGUGUAAGUGUGCGGUUGACACUGUAACGUUCCCUGUGACUGUCACCCAGCAGUCACCUGCAGCUGUUUCCAUGGAUACCUACCAGAUCACCAUAAAGCCGAUGCUGGCCCAGUUGGUGGUGCGUCUGGAGGAAGUAGAAGAAGAGGGUCUGCUGGUGUCCUGGACUUUCUCCCAGCAGCCGAUCUCCCUCACCGUGGCCCCACGCAGGAUCCAGAGAGAGGAGAGUGAUGCAGAGAUAGACCCGGACAUGAUUCGGGAGCUGGUGAAGGAUACUCUGUUCAGCACACAGCCAGCCAUGAUCCUCAACCUCAGGGCCUGUGUGUCCAGCACUACGUUCCCCAGGGCAACAGGCCUAACCCCGACAGGUCUGACCCCCCCGUCCCAGAGUUUACCCCCCAUACGAAGGCUCCUGCUUCGCCAGCUCAGGGGGAACCGUGUAGCCAAGUCAUGCAGUUCAGGGGAGCUGUGCUGUACCGUGAGCCUGGACCAGCCAUCAACAGAAAGGAGGACCUGCUUCCUGCCUGCAACCCCCAGCCCUGACACCUCACUGGACUGGAGUGAGGACAUCUCACUGGAUCUGGCUCCAGAAACCAAAGAGCUGAGAGUGAGAAUGCUGGAGAAGACCACCAAGGGGGAACAAUUCUUGUCUGGCUUUGCCUCGCUACCCUUGGACCUCACCCACAGAGCUCCUACUGGUCAGCAUGUGCUGUCAGUUAGCCCAGGGCACGGCCUGGCACCCAAUGCUACGGUCACCUUUGAGCUGGUGUACCUGGAGGUAGUGGACCCCCUUGGAGCUCACUACACCACACCCCUCCGCACCUCCAUCACCCCGACCAAGAAGGUGGAUGUGGACCGGACCAUCAUGCCAGACGGCACCAUCGUCACCACCGUUACCACCAUACAGUCACGACCCAGACCGGGAAAACUAGGUGACUCUCCCUCGCGGUCCCCGUCCAAAGUGGAGGUGACAGAGAAAGGGACCAUAUUCCUCACUGAUGGCUGCCAUAGCAGGACCAGCUCCAGCCCUACUCUAAGCACUGAUAGUCCCCUGUCCAAUGGGCUGGACCCGGUGGCUGACACGGCUAUAAGACAGCUGACGGAGAACGCCAGCAAGGUGUCCAAGAAGACUCCCACUAAACGGAGCACGCUCAUCAUCUCUGGCGUGUCAAAGGUUCCCAUCUCGGAGGAUGACUGUGGCCUGUCUUGUGGCUACGCUGCAGCCAUGGAUGCUGCCCUGCAGGGAGGAGGAGCCUCCAACUACUAUGGGGCGGGGCAACAUCAGGAAGCAGACGAGACCACGCCCUCGGAUGUGUCUGAGCGGCCGUCUGUCGAUGACGUGGAGUCAGAAACGGGCUCCACUGGGGCCCUGGAGACACGAAGCCUCAAAGACCAUAAAGUGGGCUUCCUCCGCAGCGGAACCAAGCUACUAUUCCGUACAAGACACCGAAAGAAGGACCCAACCUUCAGCCAAUCCCACGAGGACCUCUCCAACCUGGCCAGUGUCUCUGCCUCUUCUGCCUCUGGCACCAUUGUGCGUAAGAAGUCCGGCAGCUUCUCCCGACGACUCAUCAAGCGCUUCUCCUUCAAGUCGAAGUCGAAGGACAAAGCCAGUGCCACCAAUGGAGGGCCAAGCACAGCAGACAACUGAUAGACAACUGAAUGGUGUAGUGGAUGGCUAAUGGCAUUGCUACCGCCUUCCUGAGACUUAGAAGUAGGCUACUGUUGCCGUGGACCCAGAAAUCGCCCUGGCUUUUCUGGGUCAAUGGUAUUGGGUUGGGUAGGAUUGUAGGACUGCUUGGUUGGAGGAUGCUUAGCAUUGGUCAUCCUGUCCCACCAUUUCUUCUUCUGUUUUCACCAUCAGAUGAGGAACCCAAAUUUGCCACUUUUAUUUAGUUUUUGCAGGCAGAACACGUACACCCCAGGUUGGUGGUUACCUAUCCUGCAUCUCUUACCUCUGAUAGGACUCCUUUUCCGCUGGAUGAGAAACGCACACGUCAGGGACAGAUAGAUGGAUCCAGGGACUGUUUGCUUAUUAUCAAAGCCAUUUCUUUUCAGAAGGAGCCUCUGCUGCUCUGGUGGAUUUAAAGGGGGUUAAGGGGGAUAACGAAAGUAGGAAUAAACUUGAAGAUGUUGCAAUUCAACACUAAAGGGGCAGUAGGUAGAGUGAGUGUGGCCUCUUCCAAAUCAAUUUAUUUAAAAAUAUGAUUUUCUUGGUUGCACUUUAUCAGAUUGUUUACAGCACUUGACAGCUUCUUCUUGUGUUAAUUUUAUUGGUAUUUGUAUUGUUUGCUCUCUGAUUCACAUGAUUAUCCUUCUGUUUCCCCAAAAAAAUAUUGGGUCACGUUUGGUGGUUUGCAUUAUGUAGGCCUAGUAGAGCCAUGACUAGGCCUUUCUUUCCUGCUUAGGUUGUAAAUGUAAUCUUAAAUAACAAACUUAGUUGAAGAACAAAUAUCAACCCCUCGCAUAGGUCUUAAGUUGGUGGUAAUGUUGACAUUCAUAGUGGCUUAUACAUUAUGUUUUAACAAUGUUGUUCAUAAUUGUAAGUUGUACAAAAACCAAAUGCAGGCAUACUUAUGUCUGUGUUUUGUAUUUUGUUUUUUUUAGAAAGGGAAAUCUUCAAGGCAAAACUGUUUUAAAUGAUCAGCUCAGACCCUUUUUAAUUUGUAUCUACUAGGCAAGUUGAAAUACCUCAAUCGCCUGAGUACUAACGUUACACAUUCUCUGGGUCAGAAUUAUUGAUGGAGGAUAUGCCAUAAAUAUCUUUAAUAGUUGAAUGGUAAAUGAUAUACAGAUUGAGUCCUCUUAAUAUUAAUAUCAGGGAAUUAUCAUGGUUGAGGUAAUAAAAAAAAAUGGUCAGAUGGUUAUUAUGACUUUCUCCCCCUGUAAUGCAAGAUUGUUGCUCCUUAAUUCAAGUUGAGCUUAAGAUGUCACAGUCCUCCAGGACAUGCGUUGUCACGCACAGAACAUAGGGUAGUGUAAAGAUGUACAUAAAAGUAGUUAUCUUGUACAGUAUUGGUAUAUGCGUUUUGUAAGACAAUUAUUUUGCCAUCCUCUCAGAAUUUGUAUUGUGUAUCCCUAAAAUAUAUUUGAUGUUAUAGUAAGGGAAUGUGGUUCAGUAGUAAUAGACAAGGAAAUAUUGUUACUCCUGCCCCACCUCUACUAUUUAAGACAGACUCCCAUAAUCAUCAUAACAUAGUACUGUUUGCCAAGUAAAGUCACACACAUAAUUUAAGUUUUCUUUAUGAAAUUGUCACUGAGGUAACAUCACUUUUUUUGUUGGUUGAAACCCAUAAACAUUACUACUUGAAGUUACAGCUUGUCUGAAGACAAUGUAUAACAGCAUACAGUGCCUUCAAAAAGUAUUCACACCCCUACACAUUGGGAUUCAAAUUGAUUUAAGUGCGGGGGGAAAAAAAUCUAAAUUGUUCAAAGCUUAAUAAAAAAUCAAACACUAAUAUAUCUUGAUUCGACAAGUGUUCAACCCCCUGAGUCAAUACAUGUUAGAAUCACCUUUGUUAGCGAUUUACAGCUGUGAGUCUUUUGGGUUAAGUCUCUUAGGAGCUUUGUACAUCUGGAAUGUACAAUAUUUAUUAUUUUUUAAACACUUCAAGCUCUGUGAAGUUGGUUGUAGAUCAUUGCUAGAUAGCCAUUUUAAGUGUUGCCAUAGAUUUUCAAGCCGUUUUAAGUCAAAACUGUAAUUAGGAACAUUCAAUGUCGUCUUGGUAAGCAACUCCUGUGUAUAUUUGGCCUUGUGUCUUAGGUUAUUGUCCUGCUGAAAUGUGAAUUUGUUUCCCAAUGUCUGUUGGAAAGCAGAAUGAACCAGGUUUUCCUCAAUGAUUUUCCCUGCGCUUAAAGCUCUAUUCCGUUUCUUUUUAUUGAAAAAAUAAAAUCCCUAGUCCUUGCA